AGCGCCCCCUCCCCGGAAGUCAGAAGGGGAAAGAAAAAGCAUAAUAACAGAGGCAGUUAUUGGGAAUGGCAAGAUUAUGUCAGUGUGAGACUUCUGGCUGUAAAUUUGAAUGCAAUUUAAACAACCCUGAAAUACUGCAUGAGACGGCGGGAAUUAGAACUGGGCAUUACUGACACAAUCCUCUAGGCAGCUGAGGUUAUAUUUGCGUAAAUAUGCCUCGGAGAAAGAGGAACGCAGGAAGCAGUUCUGACGGCACGGAGGAUUCGGAUUUUUCCGCAGAUCUCGAGCACACGGACAGUUCUGAAAGCAACGCGAAAAAGCGCAGGAAUACUCGACUGACCCGUGCCUCGGCGCGUCUCAGCCAAAGUUCCCAAGAUUCCAGCCCGACAGGGAACGCUCCUACCAGCCGUGUCCCUGAGGAGGCACUGGCGAGCUUCAUCCCACGAAGAGUCACCCGCAGCCAGAACCAGCAUCAGACCCUGAAGCUGGAGGUGGCGGCUGCCUCCAAGACCUACCCCCUGCGCCAGAGCCGCUCGUCCGGCUCCGACUCAGAGCAGCCGGUGGAGGCCGCCGAGCGGGGACUGAAACAGGGGGUUGAUCCAGACGACACCCCACCGAGGACGCCCACAGGCAACGCCCCUUCCUCUGAGUCCGACAUCGACAUAUCCAGCCCCAACGUGUCUCACGAUGAGAGUCUAGCGAAGGAGCUGGCCCUCAAGGACUCAGGAAGUGACCUGUCGCACCGCCCAAAACGCCGCCGCUUCCACGAAAGCUACAACUUCAACAUGAAGUGCCCCACCCCUGGCUGCAACUCCCUUGGUCAUUUAACUGGAAAACAUGAAAGGCACUUCUCAAUAUCUGGAUGCCCACUCUACCAUAACUUGUCUGCAGAUGAGUGCAAGGUGAGAGCCAGCUCUCGUGGGCAGGUGGAGGAGAGGACUCUAUCCCACCGGCAGGACGAAAACAGGCAUUCCACCCGCCACCAGACCCCCAUGGAGAGACAGAUGCAGUACAAGGAGAAGGUGACGGAGAUGAGGAAGAAGAGGAACUCGACUCUGCCGAAGGAACAGAAGGAGAAGCAUGUGGAUCAUCGGCAGACCCAUGGCGCCAGUCGUGAGCCAAUGCUGGAGAACAUCACUAGUGAUUACGACCUGGAGCUCUUUCGAAAAGCCCAGGCACGUGCUUCGGACGAUCUUGAGAAGCUUCGUCUCCAGGGCCAGGUCACUGAGGGCAGCAACAUGAUCAAGACCAUCGUGUUUGGACGCUACGAGCUGGACACCUGGUACCACUCGCCCUACCCGGAGGAGUAUGCACGUCUGGGUCGGCUCUACAUGUGCGAAUUCUGCCUCAAGUACAUGAAGAGUCAGACCAUCCUGCGCAGGCACAUGGCCAAAUGUGUGUGGAAACACCCACCAGGAGAUGAGAUCUACAGGAAAGGCACCAUUUCUGUCUUCGAGGUAGACGGCAAAAAAAAUAAGAUCUAUUGCCAGAACCUGUGUCUUUUGGCCAAGCUUUUUCUGGACCACAAGACGCUUUACUAUGAUGUGGAGCCUUUCCUCUUCUACGUUAUGACUGAAGCAGACAACACUGGUUGCCACCUCGUGGGAUACUUCUCCAAGGAGAAGAAUUCAUUCCUGAACUACAAUGUUUCCUGUAUCCUUACGAUGCCUCAGUAUAUGAGACAGGGUUUUGGCAAGAUGCUGAUUGACUUCAGCUAUCUGCUGUCCAAGGUGGAGGAGAGGGUUGGUUCCCCAGAGAGGCCCCUCUCUGACCUGGGCCUCAUCAGCUACCGGAGUUACUGGAAGGAGGUCCUCCUACGCUACCUACACAAUUUCCAGGGCAAAGAGGUCUCCAUUAAAGAAAUUAGCCAGGAAACCGCAGUGAACCCAGUGGAUAUAGUUAGCACCUUGCAAUCCCUGCAAAUGCUGAAAUACUGGAAGGGGAAGCACUUGGUCUUAAAGAGACAGGACCUAAUUGAUGACUGGAAAGCCAAGGAGUCCAAGAGAGGGAACAGCAAGGCCAUUGACCCCGCUGCCUUAAAAUGGACACCACCUAAGGGCACCUAGGACAACACUGGACCCCUUCCCACCCCACUCCCUUCAGCUAGGAAUAGACCUCAGCUUUUAAGUAGCUCCUACACCAGUUGCUCUUCAUUUCAGGCCCCGCUCGUGUAGUAGAGUGUGUGUAAAGGUGAUUGUGUUGUACAAGAGGUGCUUCCUGCUGGCACAGAUGAUUCUAUGCUUCACUUGACUUAAGCUUCCUCGACUCUUGUGCACAGUAAAAACAGUGAUGUUGUAGGAGAACUCCAAGGAUAUGCUGUAUGGCUGUUAUAACUGCCAUGGGAUAAAGAUGCCAGUAGACCCAGUCAGAGCCCACCCCCUCCAUAGGGAUCACAGGGUGGAAGGUGCUUGUUUUUGUUUGUUUGUUUGUUUGUUUGGUUUGGUUUUUGGACUCCCUACUUCUUUUUAAAGUUUGUCAUACUUGUUUGCAUACUUCGCUCUUUUGCAUUUUUAACAUUCUGACUUUUUAAAAUGAAUUAUUCUUCUGUAUUUAAGAAUGUGAAUUUUGUGUCAUUCUGUAAUUGUACUAUUAUUAGUGAGGGUAUGUCACACAUAAAGUUCCCAGAAGACUAAGCCUAUAAUCAUGUCUGCUGAACCAUUGUUGUUUUUUUCUUUCCUUGGGAUUUUUCUUUUUGGUUCUUUAUACACAUUGACCCUUCAUCCUUUUAUGUCAACAGUCUAUCACGAUUUUGUGUGGAAACUCGUGCAUAUCAGGAUGUACACUAGACAGACUUGAAAGAAGAUGGCCGCUGGAGGUUUAUAUGGUCACGGUUAAAAAAAUAUGUUUUUCAAUGAUGAAAGUCUUACUUAAUUCUUAAGUAUUUUCUACUUUUUUUGCUUCUUCCUCCUUAUUUAUAUUUGUUCUUCUUAUACCAGAUAUAUUUUUACAUGUCAUUAACAUGUUCAGAGUACUUCUGUGUGUUUUUAUCUGUAGGUCUUGAUGUCUUUGUGGUUUCUGUUUCAAGGUUUGUUUUCCUUUUUGAAAUAAUUUAUGGAGAGUACAAUUUAUUGUCUUCUUAAAUGGAUUAUUUUAUAAGACAUAUUUGACAAUAUUGUCAAGACACAUAAGACCUAUAAAACAAUAAUGAGUGUCAGAGCCCACACUUUAGGCAAUACCUAUAUUUUAAGUGAAUGCAUUUUAAUAUAAGUAUCAGAAAAAAUCAUGUAUUAUAAGGGUACAUAUUUUAAACUUUGUUCAACAAGCAGAAGUACCAUCUCUCAACAUUUGUACCCACUCUAUUUUUAUGAUGCAGAGUAAAAUGUAGCUUUAUGGUCUCAUAAAAUCCCUGACUGUUGCCUAUGAAAAAAUGCAUUAAGUACAUGGAAAGAGAACUAUGGGGUCCAACUGUAGGAAAUGGUUUGGUGGCAUCACUGUAAAUAGCAGAGUUUAUCAGUUAGUAUUUAGAUUGUAACUGCAUGUGUUCAGGCAUUUGACCACUUUCAGUUGACAGUGAAUCUUAAAAACCAUGUCUAAAUACUAUCAACACAACAAAACAAGCAGUCUGGUUUUUGUCACUAUAGCAACUCUUACCAGCAGCAUGCAUUUUGCUAUUUUCUGUUCUGCUGUCAGACUCAGAGCAGUUCUACUCACUCUCCACUCUGGUGUUCUCCAGUGCAUCAUGAAUCAUCACCUUUUUUUUUUUUAAAGAAUAUACUGUAGGCCUAUUCUGGGACAUUACGCUGUUUUGUCUCUGGAAUUAAAAAUAGAAGUAACUAAUGUAACUCUGUGCCGAUGGUCUUAUAUUUGCCAAAGUGACAAACUUCCCUGCAUGCAUUGGGCUAGCUUUCCGCUGCCAGUCUUUUCCCUGUUUGACCAGAUUGCAGUUUGCCUUGUGUGUUGGUGGCAGCUACAGAAAAUGCACAGCUGAGCUUGGCCUCUAAGCAGCUUGUGUUCUGCUAAAGAAACUUAUGCAGUUCUUCUGCAGACAGUGACAAAUCAACAGUGGUCAUGAAUGUGAACAAUGUUCUUGCCUAUUCAAAAUAUAUAUUUCCAGUUUGUAUGAGUGCACAACUGCUUAUUGCCUCCUAUCCAAUAAAACCUUUCAGUUCAAA